AUCUAUCCGUGUCUCGAACACUGUGUUUCUCCGAAAAAUGCAAGUAGUGACAUAAGCAACAUGAAGUUGUUCUUUGUUAUAUCGACUUUCAGUUUAAUUGCGAUUUGCCGGAGCGCGGAUGAAUCUCCAGAUGAAUUAAAAGUGCUCACAAAACUAACGCCGAUAAACAGUCCACAGGGUGUAUAUCCGGAUAAUGCACGUAAUCAAGGAGAUUUGGUUGCAUCCGCGAGCGAUCGAACGUUUCAUAUAAAUAAAGGAUAUCCUGGAUCAAUUGGAGGCUAUCCUCCUGGAUCAAUUGGAGGAUAUCCGUAUGAUACGGGACUCAUUGGAUCCGGUUACGGUUAUCGCGGUAGCUUGACUCCAGGAUAUAGGGGUUAUGGAUAUGGACCAGGUGGACUAACUGGUAGCGGCCAGGUUGGAUAUGGAUAUUAUGGAAAUUAUCCUGGAUAUAGUGGAUAUGGAGGUUAUCGAGGAUAUGGAGGGGAUGGUUAUGGUUAUACGGGUUAUGGAAGAGGAAAUUAUCCUGGUGGAUACGGAGGUUAUGGAGGCUAUGGGGGUUAUGGGGGUUAUGGGGGUUAUGGGGGUUAUGGAGGCUAUGGAGGUUACGACGAUUUAGGAUACGGACGUGGUUACAGUGGAUACGAUGGUUACGCAGGAAACGCAUAUGGCUCAACGUAUGCAGCAAGGAGUCCAUAUUAUCCAUAUAGUUAUCGCAGCGAUAGUUAUGGCACGUCCCUUAGUAAUCCAACUGGUUAUCGUGGCUAUUCAUAGACUUUGUUUAUGUUUUCACGUAAUAUUACAAAUAUUACAAUUAAAAAUGUCUUUAUAAAUUAA